GUGCAGGGAACCAAGAUACAGCAUAUGGCAUUUAUUGCACAUGGGACACAUGAAAACCUUGAAUCUGAUGCACUUAAUUUUUAGAAACUUAGAAACAAUGGAUUUAACUUUACAUUUGCCAGCUACAAGUACAAACUAGGAAUAAAAUUCUAGUCCAUUGUCAAAUGCAAAUUUGAAUAUAUAGUGCUGAAACCUCAAUUAAUCAUUUGGUUGAUCGUUAAAUUAAACAGCAAUUCUGAAAACUGAUUAAAAAAAAUUCCAGCUUCUAAAAUGUAAGGAUUUGCUGCUGUUCUGUGUUCUCUUCAAUAUAAAUUGAAAUAGAUUUUUGAGUUGUGGACUGUUGGUUGGAAGCUAGGUAACCACAAAUAAAUAACUAUUAUGUAUAUACAAGUAGGUGAAAAAUAGAUGCAUACGUGAAUCAAUAUGAAAAGAAUAAUGAUAACAUACAGUAUAUAUUGUCCAUCUAUAUAACUUUCUGUAAAUUGUACUGAAGAAUUGACUAGUGCAGAGUGCAAAUACGAGUUAUUAAUUUAAAUAUUUAUUUGCAGCCGUAAUUCAAAUAUUUUUAUGCCCAUACAAUCACAGAUAGGACAUGUAAAAAAUAGACUGUAAGACAGACUUGAAAAACGGUGAACCUGUCCUUUAAUAUCAGUGUAAGUAGUCACUGUGCACCACCGCUAGGUGGCACUGUGGCCGCCCAACCAACAUCCACAGCCGCUGAACCGAAGAAGUGAAGAGCGCAGGAAACAACCCUGUAACUCCAGUGUACUAGAUCCAGCGUUAGUUGAAUGGAAAGUAGAUGUCUCACUCUGAUUUGUUUGGGGCUGUUUAUUUUACAGUAAAGCGUUGGAGUCGUGUGUUUAAUGUGAGCUCUGUUUUUGACAAGCGUGUGCGCGGGGUGGUGUCUUCAUUCAGCCGCAGCGUCUUAUAGCCUAGCAUUCUUAGCUAGUCUGUUAGCUUGUUGACAUCAAAACAGUUCGAUUUAAAAGAUGAAUUUGGUUAAAAACAGAACUUUGCACCCACAACUGCGCGACGAGGAGACUCUGCUGGUGGAAAACGCCAUCCGGUUGGCGAUAGACUCGAUAAUAAACGUGCUGUACGGUGUCAACAGCGCCAGGACUCACGAGUACCAGCGGAUGGUGGCGGACAGGGACAAAGAGAUCCAGCGGCUGGAGUGCAGACUGAGGGAGAUAGAACACGAACUGCAGGUGCUCCGCACACAGGGAUGCACCUGCGGGUUGUUUGGAAACGAGCACAGCCUCGCGGGGUCACAGGCCUCCGGUGACCGGCAGAAGGGAGAGCAGAGCGGGUUUGAACCAGGUUGCAUGGACACCGAGAUGACAGCAGGGCAGCAGGAGUGUGAAAUGAGCAUCUCCUUGGGUCUGUUUGGAAGACCCCCCUCACAUGUCUCCUCCCAAAGCCAGGAGUCAGUUCCUCCAUCAUCCCCCAGCAGAAUGUGCCUGGACCACUCCUGCACCUCCCACUCCUCAGAGACUUCAGGUGUAUCAGAGGCAGCCAGAAAUCUGCCUACAUCUCCCAGCAGCCUCGUAGUCAAAGAAGAGCCCUGCGAUAUCGACACAGUUUUAAUCAAGUGGGAAAUGAGUGAGGAGAGAUUCGGGGAGCAUCAGGAGAGCACAGGCAGCACAUGUCAGGACGAAAGCAGCCCAAAUCUAAAAAAAAAACAGGAGAACAGAGAGAGAAAAAAUUUCACGGAGAAACCUCAAGCCGACCCAGACGGACAACAAAUCACAGAAGGAGAACAUCUGAGGAACAAGAAGAAGACCGUGCCGAUGUCCGAGCUGCCGGAGGAGGCUCAGAGACAGAAGAGGGCAGCCUGGAGAGCAGCGUCCAGGCGGUACUACGCCCGCAAAAUAGCCCGCCAACAGGCAAACCCCUCCCGUGCCGGCCCCUUUCCCCACAUCUCAACGGCUCAGUAUUCACAACCCAUGUCUUUUGUGGAUAAGAGGAGGAGGACGCUGAUAUCCGAGUUACCUGAAGAGUCUCAGACGCUGCAGAGGGAAGCGUGGAGAGCGGCGUCCAGGAGGUAUUACGCUCGGAAAAUGGCUCGCCACCAGACCGACCCCACAGAGUACGGACACCUGCUUCAGACGUAGAGCCGUCAGUGGAGGAACAAUGUGCAGCUGAUAGAGAAAUGAUGCUUUUAGGGAUUCUGCAUAUUUACAACUUCAUUUAGUUAUGUUGUGUAAAACACUGGACUAUGUGAAUGUUUGUUCAUAUUUAAUGGUUAAUUUGUACUGAUGAUGUUGAGGUUCGUCUCAGGUCUCAUGUUAUGGUCCAAAUAGUUUGAAACUGGUGUUUUAACGGUUUUUUGUGUUUCUUCAUGGCUGAAUUAUGCAACCAAUAUUCCUGAGAACAACACUGCAUUCACAUCACAUGUGGCUGUAAUUUCUCUUCUCAUGACAGUCUUCUUCGGCACACUGCAUGCCUGCACAAUAUGCUGACUGCAUAACUGUAUUUUGAGGCAAUAUAAAGCUUUUGUACAACGUUAACUCAUGUUAACAGCCACUGUGUCAGUGCAGUGCCCCUGGAGUUCAACAUGUGUAACUACAAUCAAGGCAUCUAUAUUGGUCAAAUUCUAACUUCAACAUCUGUGUGUUGAUAACAGGAGAAGAAUUUGUUCAUUUUUUACUUGUAAUAAGUUUAAAAAAAAAUAUCCUGUUCUCCUUUUGAACAUGUAAAAUAAUUAAAACAAUAUAAUUUAAAUAAAACUGUGGUGUUGUCUUUUCCUUUUUGUAAUUAAAGAAUUGUGCUUGUCUAAAUUAGUUUCUUUAAGAUAAUUUAAUCUGUGAUUCAACCAACAACUAUUUUCUUUUUUGUAAGUACACACUCCAGUAUUUGAAUCCCUGCCAACCGGAAGCAAAACUCAAUCCCUUUGUUCCAAAAUGUGGAAAUUAUGCAAAAUAAAAGAAAAAUAUAGCAGUUCUAUUUCUUUUCUUUUUUUAUUGUUUUAAAAUAUUUGUUCACUGAAUGAAAUCAGACACACACAAUAUCAUAAAGGAUUGUUUGGUGAUACAUCAGGUCAUAGACGCAUUCAAUAAACCGUGUUAAUAGCCUACACAUAAACGGGCCUGAAUGAGAGAAAUGGGUCAUUGAAUCAAGAGAAAAUAAUCAAUAGGAGAUAUAAGAAAUAAUAAUAAGAGGGAGUCUUGACUGUUUCGGGUGAUUUGUAGGUCUAUGCCUUUUGUCUUCGUGUUUACAGUCAGAGCCUCCAGGCCUCGUUAUUGUGGCUUUCAACCCGUCCACAGAGCUCCUCCUGCCCCCCAAGCUAAAGAAAA